AAAUGUGUAGAUCAGUGAGUGAAGGAUAUGUUGCAUUAUGACUGACUACCAGACUCAGUGAAGCUAUGGCAACCAGAAGGAAUGAAGAAUAUCACUUGAAACAAGUUAUUAAGGCAGUGAGGAAUUUUGGAUUUGGUCAGUGUCAUCGCUGCCCUGUGACUCUAACAGAAGAGGCAGUUUGUGAAUCUCAUUAUCGUGCCUGCAAGGGACAACUUCCAGAAGGAUGUGUGAAGUGCCCUGUAUGUCAGACAUGGUUCCUUGAUAAUGAUGCUCUUGAUGUCCAUGGGCAACGGGUUCAUGACUGGAGACUUCCAAAUGCAAACAACACAACUUCAGAUGAAAGUGACUUGGUGCGAAAGGAAGGUCUGUCCCUGGAAGACAAAGUGGGAUUGGCACGAAAGAAAACUCGAGUUAUCAAGAGCUUCUAUGAUGGGAAGUUCUUCAUUGUUGUCCUAGAAUUUGAAGAUGGACAUGUUGAAGAACGUCUUCUUACCAGUGUGAAGUCUCUAUCAGGAGCAAAAAUCAAAAGCAGUCAUUAUGAUGGUACAAAACACUUGUUCAGGUUAGCAGAUGGCACAAAGUACUGGGAGCAUCCUGAUGGAAGGCUAGAAUUGUGUGCAGAGAAGGAUGAUGCUUGUAUUGGUUCACAAUCAUCUGGAACAGAGCAAUCAGGAAGGCUGAGGUCAUGGACCAGGCUUGGUUCUUCCAGGCAAACAUAUUCCAAGAAAACUGUUGAGACCAGAAAUGAUACUUCAGCAAGCAUUGUUCAUGCCAGUGCAUCCCCUCGCACUCAACUUUCUUCUCCCACAUCCAAUUCAACUACUCCAAAGGCCCAGUCUCUCAGACCUAGCACUUGGCAGGUUGGAACUAGGAAAGACGACAGAACUCCUCUUCCCUCUCCUGUGCGACGAAAGAGAAGGAGGAAAGGAGAUAAAGGGAGUGAAGAUACAUCUGAAGAAAUGGAUUUUGUGGAUGGAAGGGAAAGCCCAACUGAGAUGAUUGUCUCAGUAGUCCCCUUGGCAUCAGAGGAAGGAAACGAAGAUGUGCUUGUCAACAGAGGACAGAUCAAGGUUUUGCGAAAAGACAUGGAGACUUGGGAGAAAUCACAGGGAGAAGAGGGAAAGCAAGGUGUUCUGAACCUAAACAGUUCCAAGUUAAAUUGUGAUGCUGAAGAGGAAUCUGACUUGGAUUCUCAAAAAGAGUUUUUCUAUGAAGUCACACAACAACCUGGACCUCAGAAGCAGAUGAAGAGCCACAAGAUAAGGGCUGCAAGACAUGUUGAUGAUGAGUGGCUCCCAACACCAGAAGAGAUGUGCAGAGGAAGGCUUGGUGGGCGGAAGAAGAAACUAAAAUCUCUUCAACCAGGAGACAAGAAGCCAAAUGAGAAUGAGAGAGUUGAACAACCUAAGAAGAGUUCAAAGACCCAGCAAACAGAGACUUGCAAGGAGGAAGAGAAGCAGGAACAGAAGGACUCUAAGCAGCUGACUCGGCGAAUUUCUUUUCCUCUCAUGGCUGAAGCUCGCAUAUCCUACACUCUGGAAGAAACAGACCUUUCCUCCAAGUUAAAAUCCUCUGCCUCUUCAUCUCGGUGUAUUCGCAUCCCCAAUCAGGUGGAAGAUACUCUAAUCACAACAAAGAAGAAAAAGAAAAAGAGGAUGGAACAUGAGCAAGUUGUGACAGAUGAUAGACCAGAGGUUGUAGAUGUCACACCUGAUGUUUCUCUGGGCGACUCUGAUGAAGAGGGCACAGAAGGUGGUGGCAUGGAGCUCAUAGUGCCAGAUGGAAGCAAAUCACAUAUGGUAGUUGAUGAUACCAUGGUACAUGAUGAGGCCAAUGAUGGGCAUAGAGAUGAAGUAGAGGAAGAACAAGAAUGUACUGAUGAAGACAGAAGUGCUAAACAAGCUAGGAAUGAGGAAAGUGAGGACAUGCAAGUAGAAACACCUGAAUCCAUUGAGCCCAUUGCAGACAGAUCUCCAGGGGAAAUAGAGCCAUCCUCUCUUCCCCGGAAAAAGCGGCGUCGGGCAGUGAAGCACAAGAAGAAAGCUAAACCAAAACUACCCAUAGAUGAAGAGGAGGUUUUUGCUCAGUAUCAGGAAUUGUCCUCUAUAUCCUGUGGAGCCUGUGAAGCAGAGUUCUCAGGGAAUUUUCAACUUAGGGAUUUUGCUCAUCAUGUGUGUGAUGUCCACAAUGGCCUUGCUCGACCAAAGGGUUUCUCACAGGAAUUCACUUCAGCGGAACGUACACGGGCUCUACGAAUCAGUGUGGAACAACUGGGACGGGUCCAUUGUCCUUCAUCCGCUUGCCUCAAGGAGCUUCACAGUCCUCCAGCUUGGCUUUAUCAUGCCAAGACCUGCCCACAUGCUCUGAAAGCACUGCAAGAAGAACAGGCAUUGGGCUAUUCGAUCAUAGUUGAUACUGGGGACCGGAAGCCACGUGCUUCACAUCUGGAUGUGGAGAAUUUGAUUGACCGGAAGAGGACAUCUGCUACCCGAGCAAAGGAGAUAAUGCACAAGUGGCAAGUGACAGCUGAGGCUCCCGAAAGUGACAGAAAUGCAGAGGAUCAAUCAGAUGAAAGUAAUUGCAUGGCAGUAUCAAUUUCACCUUCUUUGCUGUCCUCAUGGAAGAGACAGUUAGCUUCCAGUGGAAGCAUUGGGUGCUCCAAAGUUGGCUGUUCUGUUGAGGUCUUCACUGUGGCAGAGAUGCAAAUGCAUUUCUUGACAUGCCCUUGCCCAUCAACAGACCAAUAUGAGUGCCUGGUGUGCAAGCAAGUGAUGGAAACUGAACAAGACAUGAAGGCCCAUGUGAGGUUGAAGCAUCCAGCUUGGGAGUGUGGGACAGUUGUGCGAGGGAAGAGAAAUUUAUUUGCCCAGACCUCCUCUGAUGUCUCUCCUGCAUGGCUUCAAGGCAUAUCCCUUGCCACUCAAUACCGCCUGGAAAAUCACGAAUUCAGAAAGAUUCUGUUCCCCGAAUGGGUCCCAGGGACAGGAGAUGCUUGGUCCAUACCAUUGAAAGAGGAGACAUUGUCCUUCCACUUACCAUCAUGCUUACAUUCUAUUCCCUUUGGAACAAAUGUUGAAUGCUCUUCUGAUGUUGAGUUUCAUUCACUCCAUCGUUUUGGAGCUACAAUUGACCAAGGGAAGGUGCCAACCUUUUUUGCUGGUGGUCCAGUCACCAGUGGAGAAUGGCUCCCAAUGCCAAUGUAUGAUUUGGAACGCCAGUAUCUCCUGGUGACAACAUGCAGUGAUAUGGAUGAGCUUCUUCCUUCCCUUGGUGCCAUCUCAAGGCAUUCUCUCAUUCAAGUGUGGGAUACCAACAUUCAAAGCAUCCUCUCGACAAGUGAUUCUCCACAGGUGGAGCCUAUCUUUACUUACGGGUUAGCUGUGAUAGGAGGACCCAUCUGGGACCUCAAAUGUCUUCCCAGUGGUGGCUACAGUCAAAAUCUCAACAGACUAGGAAUUGUGGGAUGUUCCUGUGCUGAUGGAUGGAUUCGCAUCUACUCCCUUCCCAUGCCUGAGGCUUUUGAUCUCAUUCCUGGUGGUAUCUAUGAAGCAGCACCUGUCAUUGGGCUCUGUCUUUGUAGUUCUGAAGUUCGUAACAUCCCACAGUGUCUCUCUCUUGCCUGGUCGCCAUCAACACCUCAUGAUCGCCUGGCUGGAGGAAUGAGCAGUGGGAUUCUUGCUGUCUGGGACUUGGGUCUCAAUUCUUCUCUUCUAUCUACAACAACAGAAGACAAGUCCAUGGCUGCUCUGCUUCCCAUAUUCACUAUUCAGUUGCAUCUGGAUCCAGUCACAUCAGUGUCCUUCUGUCCAACUACGGGAGGCCGCCAUCUUGCCACUGUUUCCCUCGACAGGACUCUUCAGGUCUUGGAUUUGAAUGAUCCUGACCUACCUGUAUUGAGUCUCAGACGACCAGCCACCUUGCAUGAUGUCUCCUGGCUCGGACAGUGGCCGGUUUUGCAGUUUGCUGAAGUUGCAUAUGGUACCACUAGUUUUGGGGCCUUCUACAUGAAUCUGGGUUACCCAGAUGCCGCAGAUCGGAGUUGGGCAGUUGGGUCUCAUGGGACAUUUACUGUGAGCCAUGGGGAUUGGCUGAAUGCAUCGGUGGUUGCCACAACCCCAGACAUAAUUCUUGUCCUCCAUCGUCAGAUGCAUCACAUGCUGGAAGACGACAAGAGCAUGAGGAAACACCGCUACACCCUUACCAGUGUCGAUGUCACUUGUGAACAGGCUGAACUCCAUUACAUGGCCCCUACAUAUGAAGAAGCGGCAAAACGUUUUCGUCUACUUUUUCGCGACAGUCCCAUUGUGGCAGUGAACAAUAAUGCAGGUGCAUUUACUUGGAUCUUCCUGGGCCUCCAGAGCGGAUUGUGCCGUCUCAUUCGCCUUCAGGGCCUGGAGUCUUCUCACUUGAAGGAUAAGUUUCGAAACUUGGCCUCUGGUGGAUGGGGAGUCCUUCCGCCGACCAGCCGGUUCGAGGUGAGAAGCAUCCCGAGGUCGAGGCCUCUCCGCCUUUCGUCUGGCCGAUCGUGCUUCUCUUCCAUCGAGUCGAUUUUUACGAGAUGGGAUUUCCCUCGGCAGCGAACGCUCAAUGUUUCCCUCUUGCUCCCUGAUGUAACACUCCGCAGUGACGAAAUGUUGAAUGCGGACCGGAUCGCGAUCGGCACGACCCGAAGCCGAUUGCGUGCGACCGACGGGGCCCCGUGCGCUCCACGAGCCUGCGGUUCCCAUUACGACCCUGAUAUUCAUCGAGGCACCCCUGACCCACUCGACCGAUUCCGCACUCUAAAUGGGAGACUCGACCCCCCCCCCCGGUGCGACCGAGGAAGAACGAAGCAGGGCGUGUCCGCCGAUUUCGACACCGACCGUCGGUCGCCGCCCGAGCCUCCGUCGAGGCCGCAAUUCGAUCGCAACGGGCACGUGAGAACGUGGAAACGCCCGGAGGGAGAUCGCAAUCCAUUUGUGGCUCCCCUGUACGUGACCCCACCGCUAGAGACCGAGACCACCGGAAUCCAAUUUCUCACCGAGAGAGAACUGGGGAUCCUGGCGAACGAGGGACCCAAGUCCGUGCUGAAAGGCGCCUCGGUCUCGCAGCAGCUCAGGCUGACCCUCGAGAAAGCCCGAGACAUCACGACGAGAUGGCUCUCCCAUCGCUUCCCCCCCUCCUCCUCCCCCCCACCCCCACCCCCUCCUUCCCCCUCCUCCCCUCCUCGCAUCCUCGUCCUCCUUCCCUCCGGAACCGCCCCCUCCCACCUCAUGCGAGACUGGAUCGUCCGCACCGCCUCCCGCCCCACGCCGGAUCCCGAACUGGAGGACCUGCAGCGGGCGCUCGACUCGGUCCGGAAAAACCUCAUCUUCCGCUUGCCCUCGACGGCCGACCCGAAGCUGGACCCGAAGUCCAAGUUCGAUCGCGUCUUCGUGCUCGGAUCCCCCGACCUCCUCCAGAGCUUUCGAGACGCCCGCGACCUCCACUCGGGUCGCCGAGAGGGACGCUUUUGGCUCUUCCACUCGGACGAAGACCUUCCCGGCGACUCGGUCGCCGAGCUCCAACAUUCGGAUUUCCUUCGGUCGGAUCGGAAAUUCAUCCGAGUCGCGAGCGCGACGGGCGGCGGGGGUCCACCGACGGAGUCCACGUGGCUCUAUCGCACCGGGGAGUUCCUGAAGGCCGCGUACCCCGACUGGAGGACGGGGCAGCCGACGAGGCUCCUCCCGCCGGUGGAGGACGAGGACGGGAGGGAGAAGGGGAAGAGGUCCCCGGUCGUGAGGCUGCGUCGGCUCGGUCGGAGCGGGGGGUUUCCGAUGUUCGUCACCUUCGACGCGGACUUCGUCCGCUUCGCGAAGACGAGGGACGUCGGUGGCGGGAUCGAGGGGAUCCCGACGGGGGAACACGACAUCGUCUCGAUGCAUCGAGACCUGGGGCUGCUCUGA